ACAAACCCGACUCGGGGGGGAAUUAACUGUUUAUCAGUCACGAUUUCUUAUUUCACGCAAGAUUUUUUUUUCAUUUUCUGAUUUUCGACAAUGUUCCAAAUUUAGUUUAUCACACGGUGCCGGAUGUGAAAUCCGACCGUUUUUCUCCUCGAUCACAUGACUUAGCAGUCUCGGUGGAUUUGAUGAGUGGGCUUCUGUUGCAAUAGGCAUGCAUAUCUGCAGCAGGAGAUUUUUCGCUUGGACCCUCGUCUAUGCUGCGACUUUGGUCAUCGUUUUCGAAUUCCUGCUGUUCGAGGUGCAGAAGCUGAGCUGGCCAGAAAAUAAGUGCGGCGGACUCAGCGACUUUCACAAAAUCCUGGUAGUCGCGGAUCCUCAGAUCCUGGGCGAAAACGGAGAAAACUGGAUCGCCAGAUGGGACUCGGACAGGUUCCUCCAAAAGACUUUCUGGAUGGCGUAUUGGCAUGUGAAGCCAUCAUUAGUGCUAUUUUUAGGCGAUUUAAUGGAUGAAGGCAGCGUUGCAACAGAAGAACAAUACGCAAGAUAUUAUGCUAGAUUUGUACAAAUAUUUCACCUGGACACCCUUCUUGUCAACAAGACAGUUUUUAUCCCUGGGGACAAUGAUAUUGGAGGGGAAAAUGAAGCGAUUACACCAGCCAAAGUAAACCGUUACGAAAAACACUUCGGCCCUCAGAUGAAUGUCAUAGAAUUUAAUAAUUUACAGUUCAUCAAGGUAAAUAUGAUGCUUGACAGUUAUCCUACAUUAAAUGACAUUAAAAAUAACAAAUUUACAAGAAUUUGUCUGAGCCACAUGCCAGUCACAACUAUGAUUUCGGUGUUAUCCAACAUCCGGCCUCACUUGAUCUUUUCUGCUCAUAAUCAUAUAUCGGCGCAUUUUGUCAGCAAUGCAAAGUCAGGGGAACAAUUCAUGUAUGAAUCAUUCAUCACAAACAAGUUUGCAAAUAUGAUGUCCUCGUGGAGAUUCCAGCUUAAUGAUUUAUACCCCAAUGAAAUAUUAGUGCCGACAUGUUCUUAUAGAAUGGGAGUUCCUCGCUUGGGCUAUGGGGUCCUGUUGAUAGAUAAGAACAAAGAUGUCGCUUGCUACAACAUACUCUGGCUUCCAAACCGUCUCCUUCACCUUAUGCUAUAUCCAUCGAUUACUUUUAUUAUCAUAGUCGCAAUUAUAAUUUGUAAAAGGUUUGUUUUAGUUAUGUCUAGGUACCCGACAAGAUGCAGAAGAUAGUGUACUGCUCAGAUUAUUCAGCUGAAACAAAUGUUGUAAUUCAAAAAGAGAAUUGACAAGCUGAAAAAAUGGAGUAGCACAUGAACGGCCAGUUCCUUUUAGCUACAUUUACCUAGUCAUGUUUAUAACAAGAUAUAAAAAAAAUGUUUUUGGUCAAAAUUGCAUGCCAGUACUUUGGUUUAUAUUUUCUCUUUAAGAACUUUUAUUAUACAGUCGCAUGCGUAUGAGUUCUAAAACAAUAUGUUUACAAAUAGAAUAUAAAUGGUGAAAAAUAAUUAUUUUUUUAUAUGAAUUUAAAAAGUGAAUACAUUUUAUAUGAAUGUUGCCAAA